GAAAAAAAGUACUCUCUGGUAACUUUACAAGUCCAAGAAAUAUUUUUUGUUAGAGCUCCCUCCCUUUGAUAUCAAUCCAAAAUACAAGAAAUGAGUCCACUGAAGAAGAUCACUCUCGUUACUAUUAUUGUUUCGUUUUAUACGUUUUCAUCAUGUGUUUCAAGCACUGAGUUUGAAGUUGGAGGAGAUGAUGGUUGGCUCGUACCACAAUCUAACAAGACUCAUGGAGAUGUGUUUAACCAAUGGGCUUCACACAACCGCUUUAAAGUUGGCGACACUGUUCGUUUCAAGUACAACAAAGACUCAGUGUUAGUUGUGUCAUCAGAAGACGAGUACAAGAAAUGCAAAACUACUAAACCGCAUUUUUAUUCGAACAAUGAGGAUACUGUUUUUAAACUAGACCGUCCCGGUUUCUUUUACUUCAUUAGCGGUGUCUCGGGCCACUGCGAAAAGGGUCAGAAGAUGAUCAUCAAAGUUAUGGAGCCGGAGGAGUCUACUCCAGAUUCUCCUUCUCCUUCGUCCCCUUCUUCAUCUUCUUCUUCUCCUCCAUCUCUCCCGGCCUCUACUCACAAGAAGAGCAAUGCCUUGAAAACAACAGUCCAGUUCAGUAGUUCCGGUUUUGUUGUCUUUGCAAUUAUAGCUGUUUCUGUUUUUGGUUGGGUUUAGUUUAAGAAGAUUUUAGGCCAGUUUAGCAUUUUGUUCUCUUGAGGUUCUUCAUUCACCAUCAGUCCAUCAGGCUGCUUCAUUCUUAGGCACUCACUAUUUCGAAUAAACACAUUGAUUUAUGUUUCAAUCAAAAUAUGUUUUCUCUUUUCUUGUA